AUGACUACGAUGUUAGGUUUACUGUAUAUAUUUACAUCUUGCUUUAUAUCGGUUUAUGGUCAUGGUUAUCUAUUAGAUCCAGUAGCUCGUAGUUCAGGUUGGCUCGUUGAUCAAUCAUUUAAACAAUGUUGUACUUAUAGUAAUCAUAUGGAAAUGUUUUGUGGUGGUACUCAACUUCAAUGGAAUGUUCAUAGAGGAAAAUGUAGUAUUUGUGGUGAACCAUAUGAUAAACCAGCUAAAUUAUUUGAAAAAGGAGGAGCUAUGUAUACAGCUAAUCAUAAAGGUCAUUUUGAAUUUCGUUUAUGUAAUGUGGAUAGUAAUCCAAAUUCAGAUGCAACACAAGAAUGUCUUGAUCGUCGAGUAUUAAAAAUUGCUGGAACAGAUUCAACCAGAUUACGUGAUGUUGAUAAAUAUGGUACAGCAACAAUUACUGUUCGUGUUCAACUUCCAUCAGAUGUUGCUUGUCGACAUUGUGUUUUUCAAUGGAAAUAUACAGCAGGAAAUAAUUGGGGUACAGAUCCUAUAACUGGUCAAUCAGGUCUUGGAAUGGGUAUUGAAAAUGAAACAUUCAUGGGUUGUUCAGAUAUUUCGAUUAAUGGUAAUGGUUCACCUAUUGAAACAAGACCUCCUAUUAUUGUUACACCUGGUACUCCAGCAACAACAAGAAGAAAAACAAGUUCUCGCCCACCAAGUGGUUCAACUACUUGGUCAUCUAAUGGUGUUCAAUAUAAAACUAAUGAUAUAGUAUUAUAUGAAGGCAAGCAAUUUCAAUGUAUCGCCGAUCAUACAUCAUUUCCUGGAGCUGAACCAGGCAUCCUUACUUGGGCUUGGUGGAAAUCUAUAAACUAA